AGAUCUACUGGAUGUUAGUAUUGGAAAUGGUGCUUUAUUUAACUGUGUUCUGAGAAUCUAUUAUGAGAAGAUGAACUUGAAUUAUAUAUCCAUGUUUUAAAAGAAACAGUGGACAUCUGAAGGGUAGUCUGAAUGUCCCCGACUGCGAUAAGAGUGAACAAGUUCUGCUGGGUGCCCAUUGUGGGGGUGGAGAUCCACGCCCAGAUCAACUCCCUCUCCAAACUCUUCUCUUCCGCGCCCAACACCAACUCCUCCAAAUGCGCCCUCAAUUCCAACUUCCACCUGUUUGACGUGUCCAUGCCAGGAAGUCUUCCCAGACUGAAUGAGUAUUGUGUGGAGGCUGGCGUGAAAACUGCACUGGCGCUGGGUCUGAGAGUGAACAAAGUGUCUGUGUUCGACCGGAAGCACUACUUCUACGCUGACUUGCCAGCAGGCUAUCAGAUCACCCAGCAGAGGAUGCCACUGGCUGUCGGCGGACAUCUGAAGUAUCCAAUCUACACAUCAGACUUCCUCAGCAAAGCCAAACUGAGACACCUCAAAGUGAGAUUCGACCGGCUGCAACUGGAACACGACUCAGCCAAGACUGUCAAUGUCCCCACAUCUGAUCACGCCCAGGGGGGAGGGGGAGGGGAGAAGGUUCUGAUUGACAUGAAUAGGUGUGGGGCUCCCCUGAUGGAGAUAGUGACUCAGCCGGAUUUCCAGUUUGGAUAUCAAGUGGCAUCUUUUGUGGAGGAGAUAGUUUGGAUUCUGAAGACCAUCGGGACCUGUGACUGCAGAUUCCACGAGGGAUCUCUCAGAGUAGACGCUUCAGUGUCAGUGCACAGACCUGACUCCAUUCCCAGACACUGUCUAGACUAUGUGGACUCCAAUAAACAUGAUGCUACUGGUGAUGAAGAUGUGGAUGACAGCAACAGCGUGGACGAAGAAGUGAGACGAUCCAUUUCAUUCAGAUGCAUCGUUGACAGAAGAAGUUCCACUGAAACUAUUACUACUGCCGAAAAUGCUUCUGCUCAGCCGAUUGGAGGAACGAUUGUUGAGAUCAAAAAUAUAAAUUCGGUCAAGUUUUUAACUGAAGCGAUCGAUUAUGAAAUCUUGCGACAGAUAGAGCUUUACGAGGCAUGUGACGACACGAAAUCUAUAGUAGAAAAUGAGACACGAGCUUACAAUUCAAAAGCUGAGCGGAAAACAGUUGGGAUGAGAGAUAAAACGAAAGUACACGACUACCGAUUCCUGCCAGAGACGAACUUGCCGCCACUGGUGCUGAAGUGCACGCCUGGGGAUGAGAGUGUGAAAUCUCAUUUGGUCAUCAGUGAAAUUCACAAAUCACUUCCACAAUUGCCUCAACAAAUACGUGCAAAAAUUGCCGAGAAUUACAACUUGACGUCUCACAGCUUCGGAACUCUUCUCGAGUAUGAACUGCUCGACUUCUUCAAUCACGUGACCUCUCAUUCACGCCCUGUGAAGAUCAAAGAUGCCGACACUCUUCUCUCUCUAGUACUCUACACGUCACUACGCAAAGCCAGGCCUCAAAUUAAAGUGGAAAGUCUGUUCGAAAUAAGUGAUCAAAUCGCACAUUUGUCCAACUUGAAAGACGAAACAUUUUUGGACAGCUCUCAUAUUCUAAAGGCAGUUCAAUUACUCUUAAAUUCAGAUGUAGAUUUCAAACACAAAACACGUGAUUUGGGAAACUUGGUGAAUUGGCUCAUUGAAAAGAAAUUGCAUAUCACUUACGAAAAAGAUGAAACUACGCGACUCUUUGAUAGCUUUUGUUUGACAAAUCACGAAAGAUUCAAAUCAGUAGCUGAAGAAUUUGAACAGGGAAUGACAAUUGAUUCCUAUGCUCUAGAUACUUGUCCAAAGUUUCAUAAACUCCAAAACAAAUUUGGAAGGGCCACUAAAUUUCAACAUGACAGUGACUUCACAUUUCAAUUAUUUUUGCAAAAACUAAAUGAAUUUAUUUCUUCAAAGUAUUAG